CUUGUGCUUCCCGACGGACCACAAAAGAGAACGCACAGGCUACACGAUAAUGUCGCGGCAUCUUCGCUUCGUAGCUCGGACGGUGAUGGUCCAAGACGGCAACAUUGACGCGGCCUAUAAGACGUUAAACAGGCUUCUGACUCAGGAUGGGAUCAUCGACACGGUGAAGCGGAAGCGGUACUACGAGAAGCCCUGCCGAGAGCGACAGAGGAAGAACUUUGAGAACUGCAAGCGCAUAUACAACACGGAAAUGGCCCGGAAAAUUGCCUUCAUCUCCAGGACCAACAGAGACGAUCCCUGGCUGGGCUGUUAGAGCCUUUCGAUUGAGGAAAGAACAUUGUUGAUGAGAUGAGCGAGCAAAGCAGAAGACAAAGAGAUCGCUCUCUGAAAGGGUUUAUGCCACAAAAAAGCUGUCAGAAUAUUAUUGUUUUAAAAAAAUAACUAAACAUUGUGGAUAUUUUUCACCCAUCUGUAAAAAUGUGCAACAUAAAAGCAAAAGCACACUUCUUUCUGAUCACUUUAAUUAAUAAAAUACACAUUUCUGGGAGAUACUUAAAUUUAGACAACAGAAACGUGCAGAAGUUUCGCUGAAUCUUUAGUGAAGCCUCAUUUGCCGGGAAAAACAUCUUUGAAUGAGUUCUUUUUAGCUUAGCAGCAGCUUGCUUUACGUUUAUUUUAAGGAAGGCAUGUAGAGGAGGUCAAUGUUUCCCACAUAGCAUGCACCUCUGUCAGCUCCUGAUCUUUCUCCACAGUCAUGUUGCAGCCACUUCUCUCCCCUCACUGUGAAACUUGACUUUCUCUUCUGUGUGGUCACUGGGUCAUGUUGACAUCCUGCAGCUUCAGACGAUAUAUGCUAAAUAAAAAUGUUGCCUAAUAGUUCACAAAUACAGUACUGCGUUUUAAAUAUUCUUUAAAAUCUUCCAUGCUAUUUUAUUUUGUGGUCUCCCUAUAGUUUGGAUUUUCCCUGGUGAAAUUGACAACGAAAAAAAUGGUUUCGUCUGUAAUUUUGAAUCAUUUUGAAUGUUUUAAUGAUGCAACAAAGUUUUAAUCUUUCACUGAGUUUUCUCCACACAAUAAUUGCCUCUAGCAGAAAGAGAGCAAAUAAAUUUCAUGUUAAAUCUGCUUCUCAAGUGAUGGCAGAUAGUUGGAUUGUGCCACUUUGGAUUCUUUAACAUCAGUGUAUUUUUUUUUGUUGCAGUUAAAGCAGGAAAUAAAUCAAACCAUUCAAAGCAAUGGUUGAAUGCACAUUUUUGGUGAAACUGUUUAAGUAUAAAGUGAAGAAGUAUUGUUAAAUUAAUUGCAUAACUAAACUGAA